UUCAAACUAAAAUGGCAGAAGUCAAGCUCUUUAGCACAUGGUCAAGUGCUUUUUCUUUGAGGAUAGUUUGGGCACUGAAGCUCAAAGAUGUACCAUAUGAUACCAUCUUUGAAGAUCUCUCAAACAAAAGCCCUUUACUUCUUCAAUACAAUCCCAUUCAUAAGAAGAUUCCGGUGCUUGUGCACAAUGGAAAAUCAAUUGCAGAAUCUCUUGUGAUCCUUGAAUAUAUUGAGGAAACAUGGAAACAAAACCCUUUGCUGCCUGAAGAUCCUCAUGAUAGAGCCGCUGCACGCUUUUGGGCCAAAUUUGGUGAUGACAAGGUUUUUCCACCUAUUGUGGAUGCAUUCUAUAGUGAAGGGAAAGAGCAAGAGGAAGCUAUUGUGAAAGCAAAGGAGAACUUGAAGUACUUGGAAGAAGAGCUAAAGGGAAAGAACUUCUUUGGGGGAGAUCAAAUAGGAUUUGCAGAUAUUGCGCUAGGAUGGCUUGCACAUUAUUUGAAAGUGCUGGAAGAGAUAGCUAACAUGAAUCUGAUAGCAGAAGAUGAGUUCCCAUUGCUAUCCCAAUGGCAAAAGACUUUUGCAGAUGCUCACAUAAUCAAAGAGAAUUGGCCUCCUCUGGACAAACUUAUCACUAAAUAUCUGGCUUUCCGUGAGAAUGAACUUGCCAAGAAGUUGAAGCCGGCACCUAAAUGAAAUGAUUUUUCACAACAAAGAUGGACAAGAGCAAGAGUCAGGUAUCAUUCUCAAUAAGUGAUAGAAGUAACAAAUUGAAAAUUGUUAUCUUCCUUUUCAUCCAGUGAGCUGCAGAAUGUAAACUCUAUCUUCUUUGCACGACUGUUAUUGGCCAAUUUGGAUCUCCUCAUCAUGAAAAAAAGUAGUGUUCUGACUUUUCUCAAUCAGGGGAUCCAAAAUGUCGCCAUAAUUCAAUAAAUAUGGCGAUUUGUAUCUGCAUAUACAGAGGCAAAAAGUAAAUGAAGUCAGCAUGCACUCUGCAAUCCACAAAUUUACCUAAAGUCUAUAGACAUGAGAAUUUUUCAUUCCAUUAUCAAACUUGAAUCAUGUUA